GCAGCAGGAGGAACCCGAGCGGCGCUCGGCGCUGGCUUCGGCGCCCCUCGUGUGUGAGGAGCCGCCACCCGCCGGGCGCGGCGUCCCGGGAACGAGCCCGGGAAGGAGCGCUCCGCCCCGGCAUUCAAAAGGGAUGUUCUUGCUGAUUCAAGACCAACCAGUUCUGUCCAGGACUCUACACUGGGGAUAAGGACAUGGGACUCCUCCUGCCAGAUUCCAGCUGGUUCAUCACAACUGACAUCUUGGCUGACAACUGUGAAAAGGAUCUUCGGAUUAUUCGAUUUGAUUUUUGUGGGAGACCACAAUCCCCAAACUCUAGGACAUAUCAGGUUCCAUAUUUCUUGUAGAAUUUUAAAAUAACCUUUUCUAAUGAGGAUGUCUGAUAUUCUUACUGUAAAAGAUGAAACUGAUACAAUGAAGGGUUCAGAAGCUGAAUUUAAAGAUACAGACCCAGUUGAAAACCUCAAAAAAUCAGGAAGUGAGGAAGAGAUUCAAGUGGAGAAGGAUGAAAAUUGUCCUGAUAACAAAAACAACAUGCCGCGGCCAGCGCAGUCCUUGGCACAGACGGCCAAAAGGUCCAAGUCAAACACAAAGUUAAAGUUAGUUCGGAGCCUUGCUGUAUGUGAAGAAUAUCCACCACCUCCCACAGCUGAAAUAUCCCAGGACCUCCAGGAGAAAAUUCAGAUCCAGUUGUCUCAGUCUUUUGAAAAAGAAGAAAAACCUGCAAAAGAUGAAUCAGAAAAGGAAAAAUCCAGUGAUAAACUGUCCAGAAAAAUGUUAUCAAGAGAUUCCAGCCAGGAGUAUACAGAUUCCACUGGUAUAGAUCUUCAUGAAUUUUUAGUAAAUACAUUAAAAAACAAUCCCAGGGACAGAAUGAUGCUGCUGAAAUUAGAACAGGAAAUUUUAGAUUUCAUUGGUAAUAAUGAAGUACCAAGAAAAAAGUUUCCCCCAAUGACAUCUUACCAUAGAAUGCUGUUGCACAGGGUAGCUGCUUACUUUGGAUUAGAGCACAACGUGGACCAGAGUGGGAAGUCAGUCAUAGUAAAUAAAACUAGCAAUACAAGAAUACCUGACCAAAAGUUUUGUGAGCAUAUAAAGGAUGAGAAGAGCGAUGACUUCCAGAAGCGGUACAUCCUUAAGAGAGAUAACUCUAGUUUAGACAAAGAUGACAACCAGAUGAGAAUACGAUUAAAAGAUGACAGAAGAAGUAAAUCUAUAGAAGAACGUGAAGAAGAAUAUCAGAGAGCUAGAGAAAGGAUAUUUGCACAAGAUUCCCUGUGUUCCCAAGAGAAUUAUUUCACUGAUAAAAGAAUCCAGGAGGAAGAAACUAAUAGUACACAACAAAGACGACAGAUACUUAGAAUCAAUAAGGAGGCAUCGGGGAGAUCGGCCAACAGCCACCAGAGCAGCACGGAGACAGAGCCGCGGCCCUGGAGCAGCACGGACUCGGACAGCUCCCUGCGCAACCUGAAACCCGCCGUCACCAAGGCCAGCAGCUUCAGCGGCAUCUCCGUGCUCAGCCGCGGGGACAGCUCUGGCAGCAGCAAGAGCACGGGCAGGCUGUCCAAAGCAGGUUCAGAGUCUUCUAGUAGUGUAGGGUCCUCCACGGGUUCUCUCUCUCACAGCCAGCAGCCUCUCCCAGUGGCAGCUCUAAGCCAGCCCUCCCCUGGCACUGCCGUGUACCCACCUGGCAGCUCUAGUAACUCUCUGUCCUUUGAUGGUGGCAUGAGCGGGCAAGUGGCACCUGCUGCCGGCAGUAGCUUCUUUCUGCUUCCCUUGGAAGCAGCAGGCAUCCCGCCUGGCAGUGUGCUGGUCAACCCUCAGACAGGUCAGCCGUUCCUCAAUCCCGAUGGCACGCCGGUGGUGUACAACCCUCCCCUGCCUCAGCAGCCUGGUAGGAGCCAAGUGCCUGGAGCUGCUCCUCAGCCAGCCCUGCCCAGCCCCAGCCAGCACCAGCCCGGAGCCAACGCCGUCCUCUCACAGCCUCUGCGGGCUCUGCAGCCUUCCUCCCAGCCUGUCCAGUACUCUGCAGUGUCGUACCCACCCCCGCUGCUGCCAGCCUCCUCUGCACAGCAAUACUCUGUGCAAGACAACCUGGGAUCGCAGUUCAGCCACCUGAGCCUGGCGCGGCAGGCGCCGGCCGAGGGCGCGGAUCCGGGCCCGGCGCUGUUCCAGCCCGGCGUGGUGCUGCAGCCCCCGCAGCAGCCGGGCUUCAUCCUGGCCGCUCCCGCAGCACCGCCCGCCGCGCCCGCCCCGCCCUACCCGGGCCCCGCGCACGCCGUGGGCCAGCCCGUGCUCCCGCAGCAGGGAUACGUGCAGCAGCCCGUGCCGCAGAUGCCACCCUGUUACUGUACCCCCAGCCAGUACCCGCACUCCAGCCAGCAGUACCGCCCUGUGUCUGUCCAUUACAGCACCCAGCAGAGCCAGGCCCUGCCCCAGCCUGGCCAGCAGACAGGUUACCAGAUUUUGCCCAACCAGCAGCAAAACUACCAGGGUUUAGUUGGAGUUCAGCAGUCUCAGAAUCAGAAUCUAGUCAGUGGCCAACACAACAACAUUGGGAAUCAAAUUCAAGGUGUGAUUGUUCCAUAUCCCUCAGUGCCAUCUUAUCAGGUUUCGGUGCCUCAAGGUUCCCAAGCAGUGCCCCAGCAGACAUAUCAGCAGCCUGUGAUCAUUCCCAGCCAGUCCAGCCAAGGCCUGCCCACCACAGGAAUGCCAGUGUACUACAGUGUCAUUCCAUCAGGCCAGCAGAACAACCUAAGUUCAUCUGUAGGAUAUUUGCAGCCUCCUGGAUCAGAGCAGAUACAGUUUCCUAGAACAUCAUCACCAUGCAACUCACAGCAGCUUCAAGGACAGCAGUGUGCAGUUUAUAGCAACCAUUCGAGUCAGAAGCCAUCACCUCCUACAUUAUUGCCACCUUCAUCCAAGUCAAAGCCACAGCAGGCUGCUUCCAUUGUGCACUACAGCAUAGUGUCUCCACCCUCAUCAUGUAAAAGUUCACCCACUGGUCUUUCCAUCAUGCAGCCAAAAAAAGGAGGAAGCCCUCCAGCCGGGGGGGUGCUGAUGAUGCAGCUCAGCGUGCCCGGCAGCGCCGCCCCGCGGAACCCGUCCCCGCCGCAGAGGAGAGCGGGCAAGUUCCACUGUGAGCCCCCCCGCGGGCACAAGGGCACGGACAUCAGCACUUUAGACGGGGCUGCGCAGCUGCAGCAUAGUCCUCAACUGGGCAGCCCUGGCACCUCACCAGCCCAAUCACCAGCACCAGCCCAGCUGUCAAACAUGAAGAACAUCCGUCCCACACUGACACCUCUUUCUAUCGUGUCCCAGUUUUCUAGACCUUUUGUCCCUGGACAAGGAGAUGCCAGAUACCCAUUGCUUGGCCAACCCCUGCAAUACAAUCCAUCUUUGUUACGUGGACAAGUAACAAGCCAACAGUGUCAGCCUGGAAAUAGACAUGGGAACAGGGGAAAGAAACCAGCAAAGAAGGCUGCUUCAGCAGAUCUUGGUGCAGGAGAACCAGUUGUGGGCAAAGUUCUAGAAAUUACCGAGCUGCCCGAAGGGAUCACUCGCAUGGAGGCAGAGAAGCUCUUUGGGGAACUGUUGAAGGUGGGUGCCAAGAUCCGGUGGCUGAGGGACUCGCAGUGCCAGCAGCAGCAGCAGCAGCAGCAGCGGCGGCUCUGCGGGGACGGCGGCGGGGGCGCCGGGGACUUGGCCUCCAGCUACACGGUGCUGGCCGCCUUCCCCAGCCUGGCGGCGGCGCAGAGCGCGCUCAAGAGACAGAGCGGCGGCGCGGGCGGCAAGUUCCGCCUGAGGAGCAGCCGGAGGCACCACGAGCCGCACGGCCUCGAGAGGGCCAGCUCGCAGUAGCGGC